AUGGCGGUCGGCAAGAUAACGGAAUUUGAUUUGGAUUGCGGAAACUGGCAGUUGUACGCGGAAAGGCUGGAAAUGUAUUUUAAAGUGAACGGCAUUAGUGAAGAAAUGAAAUUACCAACACUAAUCACUACAAUGGGAGACCGCGCAUACGAACUAUUGACGAACUUGGCGAGCCCACGGAAACCGGCCGACAUGACUUUCAAGGAAGUGAGUGAAAUAUUACAACAACAUUUGAACCCCAAACCAUCGUUUUUGGCAGAACGUUUUGUGUUCCGGCAAAGGAAACAAAAGGCGGAUGAAAAUAUUUUGGAGUAUGUGGCGGUACUCAAAAAACUAUCUAAAAACUGUGAAUUUCGAGCGAAUUUGGAAGAGAAUCUCAGAGACCAGUUUAUAUGUGGCAUACGUGAUGAUGGAAUUCGUCAACAGUUAUUUGCAAAAAAACAAAUAACAUUCAAGGAAUCGGUGGCAAUAGCGGUUUCAUUCGAGUCGGCGGUGAGGGACGCGGCAGUUGUGGAGGCGGCGGCGGACGGAGCCAGCGCGGGCGGCCGGGCGGCCGCGGGCGCGUACUCCACAGACGCGUUCUCGGGGUCCCGCUCACGGCUGUCAGCGGGACGGCCUUCUUCAGUCGGCGGUGAAGAUGCCAUCAACAACCUACAAAUUGGCGGUUGCUUUGCAUGCGGGGACUACAGACAUAGGCGGAACGACACGUUUUGGCGGGAAGAAUGA